AUGCUCCAAGAUCUCUCAAAAUAUAUCACCAAGGACGGAGACUAUCCUGUUGCUCGUGGCGGGUUAGGAGAGAUCUGGAAAUGCACCUAUUUCAUGGAUCGGCUAUCGAUCAAAGUCGCAGUGAAAGCAUUGCAGGUGUACGCUGCUGAUCAACUUGGUCCAGCGAAGUCGAAGAAAAUCAAGAGGAUAAUGCAUGAACUCAGAAUAUGCGCCAACCUCAAGCACAAAAAUAUUCUCCCCGUUUAUGGUUAUACCAAUGGGUUCGGCCCAUUUAUAGCGCUGGUCAGUCCUUGGGCGGAGAAUGGAAAUCUGUCCGCCUAUUUGGAGCGUGUGGGUGUGGAUCUUACUCUCGUUAGACGAUUCCAGAUUCUCAGGGAUAUCAUAGCUGGUCUCCAAUAUCGGUUAUCCAUGGUGACUUCAGUGGGGUAA